AGAAGGGAUUCCAGAGCUCACCCAAAGGCAAAAAAGCAGAAAAAGGCUCUUGGGGGAAGAAAGCCAAGGGGAGGAGAGAAAGUGUAUGGAUGCCUGAUGAUGCCUUUUAAAGCAAAUUCUGUACAUCCUACUGGGAGCAUUUCAAACAGUCAAGUUACAUCCUUCAAGCAGUACUUGUCCUCUGUUCUUUAAGGAAUACUCCAUCUCAAAGACAUAUUCACUGUCCAUACACCUCAAGCUUGGAGGUUGAACUUCCACUUGCCCAAGGACAGACUCACAGGAAGCUUUAAACUGGUUAGAAGACAACAAAUUUUCUGUACCUGGUCAGCUGCUGUAUCUUUGGAGGAUGCUGUCAGAAGGUUACCUUUACAGAAUUGCCUACCUUUGUGAAGACCUCAACCCUGAGCUAUACAGCAAGAGAUCAGCUGAAGAAGUGGUGUGUGAAAUGAGGUCUAUUAGUUAUUCUUCCACGGAUGAAGGACAAGGAAAGAGCCUCCUUCAGAGAUGCAGAUCUGCUGGCAAGUGCAUUUCCUCAGUCUGCUCUAGAGGUAGCAAGCACAGCAGAAGGCAGAAGGAUAAUCCCCUACAGCCUACACAGCACCCCACGCCCUCAGGGCAGCCAUCUCCAGCUAUGCCUGUCUGUGAGGGGCUGACAAGAAAAGACACCUACCUGGUACCUUCUUCCUGCAAAAGCAUUUGCAAGAACUACAACGAUUUGCAUAUAGCUGGGGACUACGUGGUGCCAAUUAGCUCAGUCGCGACAGAUUUUACCUGUGACAGCGGCAUAGGACCCUUCUUGGAGUCUUCAGAGAUUCCUCCCCCCAUGGAGUCUGUGAAGGUCCCUCCCUCCAGUGACACCAACCGCAAGCCAGCCCAAGGCUACUCCUCAUGCUGGCGGCUGGCCAGCUUAGUGCCCCACCAGCAGCCCCUCUCCGACUCAGCCCUGAACGACUACCUUGAACAGAAGCUGGUGGAACUGUAUAAGCAGUACAUCAUGGAUAGCACAGCAAACAGGGCAUCCCCCACUCAGAUCCUGGCCUCAGAGCUUAUCAUGACUAAUGUUGAUCAAAUCAGCAUGCAGAUAUCACGGGAGAGGAAUAUGGAGACCACCAAGGCCAAAGACAUUGUCAUUAGCCGCUUCUUACAGAUAGCCAGUGAGAAAAUAUCCUCAGAAAUUAGCACACCUAGUCUGCAUAUUUCCCAAUAUAGCCACACUAAUGCAUAGUACUUGAAUAUCUACCAUUAAAAAGAUUUUAUGUUCUGCAAAGUCAAAUUUAGUUUCUUAAGACAUUUUUCUGCUUCAUAAAAAUGCAUUUACUCCCUACCACUUAAAUUAAACCUUCAAGUACAUAUUAAAUAAGUAAAAAUGCCUGUACUGUGCAGCCCCUUUUGUGGACCAGAUGAUUUAUUGGUUUGGGUUUUUUUAAAAAGUUUUUCCCUAAAGGCUUAUAUUAGUGAGCCUCUGACAUUAAAAAAAAAAAAAAUGUAGAAAAAUGACUAAGAGCAUAUGACACUCUUCCAGGCACUCAGGUGUUCACUUUUUUCCCCAGUUGCUUGACAUAUCAUUUCAACUUCCCUCUAUCUGGAGUCUGCCAUCCUACCCCCGGGUGAAGGGAAGACUUACACAAGCACAGUGAUGGCAGAGCCACAGAAAUACAGAACCAAGGAUGUCAUCUAGUUCACCUCUCUGUCCCAAACGGCUUUAUUUAUGACAUCACUCACAGAAGUUUUUAUAAUUUGUUCUUAAACAUAUUAAGGGGAUAGACACUUUGUGGUUUCUUCCAUACUAACCCUAAUUAUUUAAUUGAUGUCUUCCUGUUCAAAAGUUACCAUCCCUUUUUGUGAAGCACAAACUCUGUUUUCAAACAGACUUCAUCAGUAGGAGUGUACAUGUAUACCAGUGUGUCUUGCACUGAACGAACUGUUACAGUGGAUGCUGGAGACCUUUGAUCACAGACAGACACCACUUUGCCAGCUACUUAUAGACCCACAGCUGUGGAGUAGUCAUGUGGGGACAGUGAUAAUAAAGGGGGAAGAGGAACAAGAGGAACACCUUUGUUCAGAGAAUUGCACACCGAAAAAUAAGGGCUAAUCCAAACCCCAUUUGAUAAAUGCAAACAGUUCCUUUGAAUGCAGAAGGAAAGGUGAAACAGCUCAGCAGCAUGACUAACCACUUUUCUGUUAGGAUCAUUGCUGUGUAUCAUAGGUCAAGGUCAUUUAAACCUGAUGUAUUUCUAAUAUGAAGGUCCUUUUCUGUAAAAUUUCACUGAGUCUUAAAAAAGAAGAAUUAAAAAAGGAGCUGCUUUGUGGCAAGGAUGGUUACCUUCUUUGAGCCUGUAUAAUG